AUGUGUUCUCAUGAUAGUGAGGUUGAAAUGGUUGAAGUUAAGACAGUUCUUGAUGGUUUUGAAGGAAUCAGACGCUCUGGCAAAGUUUUAUCUACCUGUGAAGAAAAUAUGAAGUUUGUAGCCUUGAUCUUGUUAUCUUCUGUUGCUUGCUCUGUGAUAUCUCUCGGAUUACUACUCAAUGCAUUUAUUGUGACACAAGUCUUCAUUUGGUGGUUGAAGCUUCAAGCUCUUCAAACCAUUGACAUUAUCAUGGCCAGCCUGGGAGUGGUGAGGAUCAUUCUUCUAAUUAUGUGUAUUGAGAAGGUUGCUGUGGCAAGUGUUACUCAUACAAUCAUAAUAUUAAAGAAUUCUGAAUAUUAUGAAGUUGCACUGAUAUUUGUGGAGUUCUGCAGCUUGUGGUGGGGCACCGUGCUCUGCGUGUUCUACUGCGUGAAGAUCACAAACUACAGCAACAGAUUAUUCAUGAGGUUUAAGAUGAACAUCUCCAGGAUGGUCCCCUGGCUGCUCCUGACGUCACUGCUGGUGUCUUUUCUCUCCAGUCUACCCAUAGUAUGGUGCAUGUACCCAGUACACCACAUGAAUUCUACCCAGGACAGUAACAGCUCUAGCACUGGAGAUGAAAUUGUGGAAAUAAAUUAUGGAAACAUACUUAUCAUCUCACUCACAGGAUCUAUGGUACCAUUCCUCAUAUUCUGUGCAGCCAAUUGUCUCCUGAUUGUAUCACUUCUGAAACACACCAGGAACAUGAGCAGAAAAAAUUCAGGAUUCACCCAUGUCCAACUAGAUGCCCACCUAAGUGCCAUUAGAAACAUGGUCUCUUUUCUGUUUUUUUAUGUUCUGUAUGUUAUAAGUUCACACGUGAUGCUUUUGAGCUUCCAAGCAGAGGAUUUGUUUUAUUUUUUCAUUUGUAGUAUUUGUGUAUCCGCCUACCCAAGCCUGCACUCUGUUGUAUUAGUUUCCGGCAAUUCUCAAUUAAUAAACUCUAUGCAGCUGCUCUGGUGCAUGUACCUAAGUCAGCCUGUUGCUAGGCGCCUGGUGGGGGCCGGAAGGCUGUGCGCCUGGCAUACACAUGUUGCUAGGUGCCAAGCUGUGGUCAGCGGGAAGUGCGGCAUCCCGGCUCCUAAGCAACAGCCAGGACACAAGCCUCAAAGCACUAACAGUGAAGAGGGGUUAAAAAAAACCUAG